AAUUUAUCCUCGUUAUCCUCUCUUUUCGUUUAUCCCUUCUUAUUUAUCCUUUCUUUAUCCUUCACCAGCGGCUAUAAAGAGAACUUGUAGAAGACAGCUGAGUGGGCGUGACCUGACCUGACGUGACCAGGCAUUCGAGAAAGGAAGACGAAGGGGAGAUCAAGAUAAGAGAUAUAUACCAAGCAUCACUGAAGACUGAAGAGACUCGCCAAUAAGUUCCACGAGUUUCCAAAGAAGAACUCUCCAUUUUCAUUUCGCUCCACGAAGAAGAAGAGACCCACAAAUAAGUUCCACGAAGAAGAACAACCCACUGUCCACCAAUAAGUCCCACAAGCUUCCAAAGAAGAAAAAGAAGAAGACUCCAGAGUCCAAAUAACCCCAACAAGUUCCUGGAGCUUCCCAAGAUGAGUGGCAGGGAGGUGCGCGCCGCGGGGCUGAUCGUGUUCCGCCGGGCCGCCGCCGGGGUGGAGUACCUGCUGCUGCAGUCCUCGAGGAAGGAGGCGCACUGGACGCCCCCAAAAGGACAUGUGGAUCCUGGUGAGAAUGAUCUUCAAGCUGCCUUCAGGGAAACAGAGGAGGAGGCAGGACUUAAGGAACAAGACUUGGCAGUGGUCAAAGGUUUUGAGAGUGUCUUGAAGUACACCGUCAACAACAGACCCAAGUCUGUUGUCUACUGGGCGGCCGAGCUCAUGAACAGCAGCGCGCCUGUCAUCAUUUCUCACGAGCACAUUGACUUCCGCUGGGCCGGUGUGGCUGACGCCUGCACCCUUGCUGCCUUCCCGGAGAUGGUUUCUUCGCUUCAGGAAUGUGACGUCUUCCUGCAGAAGCAUCUGGCGAAGGAGUGACAGCAGUGGAGUCAUGGGGGGUACAUACCAGAAUGAGGGUUAGCUCACAGGGCCAAUGAGAUGAAGAUGAACACCGCCGCCACGUGCAGCUAUAGCGUAUGCUCCCAACUUUACCUUUACCUUCAGUUUUAAAGAAUUUUGAUAAGUAAAUUUUGUGAUUUUCAUGUUGGUUUGAUGGGAUAUAAAUUGUUUCCCUUAUUUGUCUCUGGUGCUGGGAGAGAAUCUGAGCUGAGUUCAACCCUCAGUUUUUCUCCUAAACAAAAACUUACAUUUAUGAAACGAGGUCCUGUUCUAAUUCUCAUGUAUUACAAUAUCUCACUCUUCCUGCCCCAGACUAAACAAACACAAACAGGCAGCAUUAAGACAAAACAGUGAAAAGUAAUGUGAUGAGGUAGGAGAUAAAAUCCCUGUUAUCUAGUUUUCAGAAUACUAAAAUACUACUUUGAAAAAAAUAUACUUCUAUAAUGCUGUCAUGAAUUCUGGUUUAAGCUUGCUCCAUAUAUUCUGUACAGCUAUUUAUACAUUUCUAAGGUUGUGUUAUUAUACAGAAAUUAUUCUGUCGGAAAGAAAAAAUAAUGUAGAAGGAUGCUUUCUUGAGGGAAGGACACACAGCCCAGACAUCAUGCUUCUGCCUUCAUGAUAUUUUGUACACAAUUUCAGCAGGGUUGUUUUUGUAUAUAUAGAACAAGCUGUUACUGUGCAUGAAAAAAAAUUCUGUCGUAAAAUAUAAUUGAUCUUGUGAAGAAAACUUUAAGUAUAUUGUAAUGUCUAGUGUGUCACCGUCACCAUUUCUUGUGUAGAGGAGAGGAGAAAGUAAUGUGCUUUCUAGUCACCUGUAAUUCUUUAAGCUGACCCUGUAUGGCAAGUUUCUUUAUGUAAUCUUUUGCUGUGUGAUCUGUAAGAAAUCCUUGUCAACUUAUUAGCAUUUUACUGCUCAGCAGCAUGUUGGACUGGGGCCAUUUAUGGUGGGUAAUUUCCCCCUCCUCUUGAGCAGGUAUUUCCACAGCCAUAACUUAAGUUUUUGUAUCCUCAAAGUUGACAUAUUUCACUGGAAUUAAUAAAUAUAUUUAUUCAU